AUGCAGGUUCCCUUGAUUCGCUUACAGUGCGGAAAGGUCGGCAAGGACUCUGCUGCCGCCCGCUUCGCCUCUGCCACACCCUCGGACUUCAGUAUUGAAGAAGAGAAGCCCUACGCCGAGCUAUGGAUGGGCACCCACCCCAGCAACCCCUCCAAGGAUCUGAACACCCAGCGCACUCUGCUCGACCUCGUCCAAGACAAUGAAGCCUUGAUGUCAAGAGAGAUUUCGGAAAAGUACCAGAAGAAGCUGCCCUUCCUGUUCAAGGUCCUCUCCGUCAACAAGGCCCUGUCCAUCCAAGCCCACCCCAACAAGAAGCUCGCCGCAAAGCUGCACGAAAAGGACCCCAAGAACUACCCGGAUGACAAUCACAAGCCCGAGAUGGCUCUUGCCAUCACCCCCUUCGACGGCCUCUGUGGCUUCCGCCCGCUCAAAGAGAUCUCACACUUCCUCGACACUGUACCCAGCUUGAAGAGCUUGGUAGGACAAGACGAGGCAAACAAGUUCCAAGAGACGAUCAAGGGCCAAGAGACAACAGACGAUGAGUCCAAGACUUCUGAGAACAAGAAGGCUCUGCAGGCUGCGUUCCGCGGCCUGAUGAACAGCAAGCCCGAAGAGAUUGAGAAGCAUGCCAAAGAUCUCAUCCAGCAAGCAAAGGACGAGGGUGACAAGUUUGCUGGCAGUGGCGGUCCUUCAAACAACGGCAAGGAACUCUCAGACUUGAUGCUCCGACUGCAAGGCCAGUUUCCCAACGACAUUGGUCUCUUUGUCACUUUCUUCCUCAACUACGUCAAGCUUGAGGUUGGCGAGGCCAUGUUCCUCCAGGCCGACGACAUCCACGCCUAUCUCUCCGGAGAUAUCAUCGAGUGCAUGGCUUCCUCGGAUAACGUCGUACGCGCCGGCUUCACCCCGAAGUUCAAGGACGUCGAGAACCUCACCGACAUGCUCACAUACUCCUACGCUCCCAUCAGCGAACAGAAAAUGUCUCCAACCGACUACCCCUACGUCACCCUCAACUCCACCGCAUACAGCUCCGGCUCCACCGCCACCCUCUACGACCCUCCGAUCGAAGAGUUCAGCGUCGUCAAGACCGACCUCAACAAGUCCGGCGCAAAAGCAACUUUCGAAUCCAUCGAAGGCCCCAGCAUCAUCAUUUGCACAAAAGGUUCCGGCAAGAUCAGCGUCGGACCCAAAGAGGAGGAACUCAAAGAAGGUUAUGUCUUCUUCGUCGGCGCUACUGCGACAUGCGUGCUUGAGAGCUCUGGAGACGAGCCUCUGGUCACUUUCAAAGCUUUCUGCGAGUUGAAUGGCAAAGAGAGCAAGAUCUAG